GAUAACAAUUACAUCUUUAUCGAUUAAAGGCACCUAUCACUUUUGUUUAACAUCAUUUAUUUUAUAGUUUCUUCUUAUACUAAAUAAUUUCCCAAAAGAAAUUUUUCAUGUUAAUAUACAUUUAUUUGUUCGAUAAUAAGCCUAAUUCACUUAACAUUAUCCAUUUGCUGAUACGAUACUUAAGAAUCGAUGGUUAAAAUAAUCGAGUAUAUCUGGCUAUUUGAACCGUAUAAACAAACACAACAGCGUAGCCGCACAAAACUUUGCCAGCGACCACCAGUGAAAGGAUAUAAUUUGAAUAUUUUUACAGAUCAAAUUAGUUAUGUCCUCAACAGAAAAGGGACUUCUUUCUGAUGGCUGUCGAAUAGCAUCUUUUGUGGUGCUUGAUUUGGAAACAAAUGAUUUGCCGUAUAAUUUCUCGAAAAUCGCUAUUACUGAAUUAUGCAUGUAUGGUUUUUCAACUAGUGAAUUGGAAACAGCACCAAUAAAAUUGGAAGAGAUAGACAAUGUAACAUUAGAGUUCGACCGACCGCGACAUUUGCAUAAGCUUACAAUGCUAUUCAAUCCAAGACGACUUAUACACCCGAAGGCUGAGGAAAUUACUGGUUUGAGUAACUACAGUCUUGAAAAGGAGUCACAUUUCGAUGAGAAUGCUGCUGGUAUUAUCACAAACUUCCUUAAGCAUAUGCAACAACCUGUAUGUUUGGUCGCACACAAUGGUGUUACGUUUGAUUUUCCGAUAGUCAAACAGACGUUCAAAAAGUUAAAUUUAAAUCUGCCGUGCGAAACCCUAUGUAUAGACUCCUUGCUUGCAUUUCGCGUUUUGGAUCAACAAUUGCAACUCCUAUCUUCACCUACCGACAUAUAUGAUUCCAGUGUUAGCCGUACUGAUAAAGAUCAAUCCGUAAUAACAUCUAAUUUUGAUAACACAAAAGAGACUGUUGUGGAGGCAAGACCGACACUUUUAGACCAACUCGAUGCUGAAACAAAAAUAGACUGGCGAGCACGUAACGAAACAACACCUAAACGACCCAUCGUUACAGGUGUAAAACGCUCGCAUACCGAUAACUCAAAAAGUUUAAAUAGUUCUUUUAAAUCAAAACGAUCACUCUUUACAAACAUUCGUCUUGACAAAUAUCCACCAAAAGAUGUGUAUAAGUUGGAAAAUAUGUAUAAACGAUUUUUUAAGAAGACACCCAAAAAUGUGCAUUGCGCUGAAGCAGAUGUGGAGACUUUGAUGCAUUUAAUGCGAGUGUAUGGGAGUAGUUUCCUUACAUAUGCAGAAAAUAAUGCGGUUCGUUUCGAGGAUAUAUCACUAAAACGCUGACAAAAAUAAACACGAUAUGGAGUAUCACUCGGCAUACCUGUUUGCCCAAUUGACAAACCAAUAUAAGUUAAGCAUGCUAUUAUUAUUUUAUUAUGGAGCUACGUAUGCAAUUGUUAUGGAUCAGUGAUGCAAUUAUAAUUAACUAUAUUUUUGAUACCUUGGACAUUAAGAAGACGUAGUAAUAAAACAUACAAUUGUUUUGCUAUGAAAAAUCUGGACAUAGUGUACCAAUUGUUGCAAGAGUUUGCCCCGUUUCAUA